GCAGCACUUUAACAAUGGCGACUUGAAUAUGGAGAUUUGGAGUGAGGAAAAUUCUCUUCAUCAAAAUUGAAGAAUUUUGCCGAUUUUUCAGCGUCAAAAUAGUUCUUCAUUGAAGGCUGGCAAAUGACAAACUGUUCCAAAUGUGGACGGAAGGCAAAGGACGGUGGCUUACUUUCCCUUUCACUUUUUAGAUUGCCUCUUUCAAGCAAACCCUUGCUUGAUACUUGGCUAGAUUUUAUUGGCGUUGAAGGCUUCAUUCCAAAACCAAGUCAUCGCUUGUGCCAUCUACACUUUCGCGAGGAAUACAUUGAAUUUUCCGUAUCUGAAGGCAAACUCUUAAGACGGUUGCAACCAGGUGCAAUACCUACAGAGGAAGCUCCACCUGAAAAGCGUCGAAAGAGGAAAAAACAGUAUACCCCUGGACCUCGACCAAGAGGACAAGUUAAGAAGCAAAAAAGCAAAAUGGAUUCGUUAGAGGACAUUGAAGUAAUCUGUGAAAGUCCUCCCACUUUGGCAGUUGAAAAAGAAGUCGCUAUGAAUUAUGCAACUAAUGAUCGAGCUUGGAUGGAUGUAGAGUUCUACUCUCUGCUCAAAGAUUACCUGCACAAAGGAAUCAUACCUGAAAGUAUUCCAACCAACAGGAAGAACUUUUUGAUCCAGAGAGCAAAGCAUUACAAAUUGAAGAACGGAGAGAUCAUGUAUGGAGACAAAAUAGUCAUUGUGGAGCCAAAUGAGCGCAACAGAAUCAUUGGCACUGUUCACGUAAACCCUAAAACAGGUGUUCAUUCUGGUGCUAGGAAAGUGUUUGAUGAGCUCCAGAAUCACAUUUACUGGAGGAGCAUGUACAGUGAUAUUGUCAAGUACAUAAGAGCUUGCAAGGAGUGCAUUGAAGAAGUUGAUCUGACUAGGGCAAAGGAAACCCCCUCGGUGGAUAAACCUGGAGAACAAAGCUUUACUUUAGAGAGCACUGAGUGUGCUUCAGACGUCUGUCUUCCUGGACCCUCUUCUGUCCAAAUCCCUGUGGAAGGAAAAUUGAUUCAGCCCACCAAUACACCUAUCCUAAAUGUGGCCAUCAUCAAUCAUCCAACUGGAAUUGGAGACAAACCAAUUUGGAAUUUGCUUGAGUUGAAACUGAUGAGAAUUUUGGGACCAAAUACAAAUGUCUGUGCGCCACUUUUGCUUUCCUUGGCUGAUGACGUCUCUAGGUGGAUGGAUGUUGUAUCAAUCCCUUCCGUUGAUAUUGUACAAGCAUGUGUCAAGUUCAUCAUUUCCCACUGUUCUGUCCUCGGUUUUGCAAAAUUCCACAUUGUUGGCUUUUUACCUGAGGAGCAAACAGAGUUCACUCAACUCUUCCUACAGAGCUAUGCUGACUUGACUACAAAGCUUUGGCCGUACGAGAUUAUUUGCAACACUGAAAUCUGCCCUUGGGUGCAAGAGAAGAUGACUUCCAUCAAUAUUGAAAAUAUUCAAAUAGAAGUCUUGAAGUAUAGACAUGAGGCACAGGUGGAGCUUAAGGGCUGUAGUCCGUCAGAUAAAGUUCUUGGCAGGAAAAUGUUCUUGCCAGAGGCACCGCCAAAAGUAUUUGCACCUGGUAUUGAAGAACUGGUACUUCCAACAGUUGAAGAAAUGUGUGCUGAUCUAGAUGAGCAGGCCGUUCAAGCCGUCCAGUCUCACCUUGCUGCUACGAAGGAGCAAAGAAGCAAGCGUGGAUCAUAUCAGCAUCUCACUAUGGAUAUGAAGAGAGCCAUCACCAUGUACGCCGGCACUCAUGGAAGUUUGAAAACUGCCCAGCACUUCUCUGAUAAGCUCGGAAUCAACGUCAGUGCCAGCACUAUCAGGUGCAUCACCAAACAUUUUAAGGAGAUUUGUGCCAAGGUUGACAAAGCUCCAAAUAAUGUGUGCAAAACAAAGGAGGGAAUCAUUAUCAAAGUGACAAAGGGUCAAAAGCUGGUGAUUCCAAAACAAUAUGCUGUAACCGUUACUCAAGAGUCGUCAUUGACUGACCCUGCAAAUGAGAGUGAAGCUAUUGUAGAGGACGUCAAUGAUACUGGAGCCACGGAAAAGGACAAAAUUGGGACCGAUUGCACCGAAGAGGAAACAGUUGAAACUGGAGCCACUCAAGAGGUCGCAAUUGAGACAAAUAAAGAAGGGCCUACCCCCAGUAAGAAGCCAAAGCGGUAUGGAUCAAUUCUAAGUCCUCAAAUGAGAGCAGAAGUUGCUCAGUAUGCACUGGAACACGGCCAUCAUGAGGCUGUCCUCUACUUCAAGGUUAACUACGACUUGGACUUGAUUCCAAACACGGUUCGUGCCAUGAAGAAGCGAAUGGAGAACAAGAAGUCUCACAUUGAGAUGCUCCAGGAGCACUUGGAGACUUUGGGCGGCAGUCCGAGAGGCCGUCCUGUCAAGCUAGGAAAGCACGAAGAUGCUGUGGUCAAGUGCUUAAAAGAGUUGGCUGAACGAGGUGAAAAGAUGACGUCGUACAUGGCCCUGACUGCUGCUAAAACUGUCAUCACGCAGAGGGAACCUGAGAUGCUCAAAGAGAACGGCGGAACGAUUGACCUCACAAUAGCAUGGGCAAAGGCUUUCAUCAAAAGGCUGGGUUUGAAGAACAAUGCCUAACAAUUUUAAAUUUGCUAAUGUAAAAAGUUAUAAUGUGGCAAAAAUUAUUUGUAUUUAAAGAAAUUUGUUGUAGAAUAAAAUAAAUGCUCAACCUGAUUUGCCAAUAAAAUUAUUGUGUAGUUU